UCUAAUAGGUAAGGCGUGUGCUAAGAGAUUUUAAAAGCUCCUGAGAACAGCAAUGACAAGUAGUGAUUGUUCUGAAUUCACUGAAGCCCUGGCGGGUUUGACAUUUCCCCAGGGAAUUAGCUUGGCGGUCCUGUUCAGAUGGAGGAGGAGAAUAGAAAGGACCAUCAGGCUUUGCUCAACCCAGGAGAGGAGAACGAACUGGAGGUGUUUGGUUACCAGACCCAGAAGCUACGCAGAGUUCUCUUCCUUGUGACAUCCGUGCUGACCUGUGGAGUCCUUCCCCUGUUAUUCUACUGGAAGCCCCAGUGGAGGGUAUGGGCCUACUGUAUCCCAUGCUCCUUGCAAGAAGCAGACACUGUUUUGCUAAGGACAAUGGAUGAAUUUCAGAGAUAUAUGAGGAAGAAGGUAAUCUGCCUCUACUUAUCCACACUGAAGAUUCCUAUAAGCAAGAACUCAGAAGAACCCCUGGUGGCUGACUGCCACUCAGUCAUAAACAAAGCUGUAUUGAAGCCAGAAUUAAAAUUGCGAUGUAUCCAAGUGCAGAAAAUCAGGUAUGUCUGGAACAACUCGGAGAAGAAGUUUCAGAAAGUUGGGUUGCUGGAAGAUAGCAACAGCUGCUAUGACAUCCAUCACACGUUUGGACUGGGUCUUACCACUGAAGAACAAGAGAUCAGAAGAUUAGUGUGCGGGCCAAAUGCCAUUGAGGUUGAAAUCCAACCCAUAUGGAAGCUGCUUGUUAAACAGGUUUUAAAUCCAUUCUAUGUGUUUCAAGUCUUUACCCUCACUUUGUGGCUGUGUCAAGGUUACAUCGAAUACUCAGUGGCCAUCAUCAUCUUGUCUGUUCUCUCCAUUGCCUUAAGUGUGUAUGAUCUGCGACAGCAAUCAGUGAAGCUGCACAACCUCGUGGAGGAUCACAACAAAGUCCAGGUCAAGAUCACUGUAAAAGGCAAAGGUUUGCAAGAGCUGGAAUCCCGUCUCUUGGUUCCUGGAGAUGUUCUUGUUCUUCCAGGAAAACUUUCAUUGCCAUGCGAUGCUGUUCUGAUUGAUGGAAGUUGCGUGGUGAAUGAAGGCAUGCUCACAGGAGAAAGUAUACCUGUUACAAAGACACCACUGCCCCAUGUGGAGAAUACCACAGCCUGGAAAUCCCACAGCUUGGAAGAUUAUCGGAAACAUGUUCUUUUCUGUGGAACAGAAGUUAUUCAGGUCAAGCCCUCUGGGCAAGGGCCAGUAAGAGCAGUUGUUUUGCAAACAGGUUACAAUACAGCCAAAGGGGACUUGGUGAGAUCCAUCCUCUACCCCCGGCCUCUGAACUUCAAACUGUACAAUGAUGCCUUCAAGUUCAUAGUAUCCCUGGCCUUCCUUGGAGUCAUGGGUUUUUUCUAUGCCCUUGGUGUAUUUCUGUACCAUGGAGCCUCUCCACAAGACACCAUGGCCAUGGCCCUGCUCCUCCUCACCGUGGCGGUCCCUCCCGUGCUGCCAGCUGCCCUGACCACAGGCAUCGUGUAUGCACAGAGGAGGCUGAAGAAAAAGAGAAUCUUCUGCAUCUCCCCACAGAGGAUCAAUAUGUGUGGGCAAAUCAAUCUUGUGUGCUUUGACAAAACUGGUACUCUUACAGAAGACGGACUAGACCUCUGGGGGACUGUCCCUACUGCUGACAACUGUUUCCAGGAAGUCCACAGCUUCACCUCAGGCAAGGCUCUGCCCUGGGGCCCACAGUGUGCGGCCAUGGCUAGUUGCCACUCUCUGAUCCUCCUCGAUGGGAUCAUCCAGGGAGAUCCACUGGACCUCAAGAUGUUUGAGGGCACCGCUUGGCAGAUAAUUGAAGAUUGCAAUGCAGACUACUGCAAACUUGGGAUAUCAGAUUCAAAUGUAAUAAUAAAGCCAGGACCAAAAGCCAGUCAGAGUCCCGUGGAAGCCAUCAUCGUCCUGCGUCAGUUUCCAUUUUCCUCCAGCUUGCAGAGGAUGUCUGUGGUUGCUCGGCUGGUGGGGGAGGAUCAGUUCCAUGUCUACAUGAAGGGAGCGCCGGAGAUGCUGGCUCAGUUCUGCAGACCUGAAACAGUGCCCAAGAAUUUCCCAAAGGAGCUAAGAAAUUAUACAGUGCAAGGCUUCCGUGUCAUUGCUCUUGCCCACAAAGUCUUGAAGAUGGAGAAGCUUUCAGAAGUGGAAAGUUUAACCAGAGAACAUGUGGAGUCAGAGUUAACAUUUCUGGGACUUCUCAUAAUGGAGAAUCGCUUGAAAAAGGAAACCAAACCAGUCUUGAAGGAACUGAGUGAGGCCCGCAUCAGGACUGUGAUGAUCACUGGUGACAACCUUCAAACAGCCAUUACCGUUGCAAAGAAUUCUGAAAUGAUUCCUCGAGGGAGCCAAGUGAUCCUUGUUGAAGCCAAUGAACCUGAAGAGUUCGCCCCUGCUUCUGUGACCUGGCAGCUGAUGGAGAACCAGGAGAAUGGGCCUGGAAAGAAUGAAACCUACAUCAACAUUGGAAACAGUUCAGUGCCUGUUGAAGAAAAAGAGAGCUGUUACCAUUUUGCAAUGAGUGGGAAAUCAUACCAAGUGAUACUGCAGCAUUUCAACAGCUUGCUUCCAAAAAUUCUGGUGAAUGGAACGAUUUUUGCAAGAAUGUCCCCUGGGCAGAAAUCUAGCCUUGUUGAAGAAUUUCAGAAAUUAAAUUAUUAUGUAGGCAUGUGUGGAGAUGGAGCUAAUGACUGUGGGGCUUUGAAAAUGGCUCAUGCGGGCAUUUCGCUGUCAGAGCAGGAGGCAUCUGUGGCCUCCCCUUUCACCUCGAAAACAGCCAACAUCGAGUGUGUGCCUCAUCUCAUCAAAGAAGGCCGAGCUGCUCUUGUUUCAUCCUUCGGGGUAUUUAAAUACUUGACCAUGUACGGCAUAAUCCAGUUUAUUGGCACAUCACUGCUCUAUUGGCAACUACAACUGUUUGGAAAUUACCAGUAUCUCAUGCAAGAUGUUGCCAUUACAUUGAUGGUCUGUUUAACAAUGAGCGCAACGCACGCAUACCCCAAACUGGCUCCAUACCGACCAUCAGGACAGCUUCUCUCUCCGCCUUUGCUGCUGUCAGUUGUUUUGAAUACCUGCUUCAAUUGCAUUGUGCAGGUCUGUGCAUUUCUUUUGUUGAAGCAGCAGCCCUGGUAUUGUGAGGUCUACAGAUACAGUAAGUGCUUUCUGGACAGCCAGAGUAAUUUCUCAACGAAUGUGAGUUUGUCAAAAAACUGGACUGGAAAUGGAGCAUUGCUUCCUGGUUCAGUUUUAAGCUUUGAAAGUACCACGCUGUGGCCCAUCACCACCAUCAACUGUAUCACAACAGCAUUUAUCUUUUCUAAAGGCAAGCCAUUUCGAAAACCUAUCUACACAAACUAUAUAUUCUCAUUUUUGCUGGCAUCUGCCUUGGGCCUCACAAUUUUCCUUCAGUUUUCUGAUUUUCCAGAUAUAUACCGUGGAAUGGAGUUCGUCCCGACUGUAACAUCAUGGAGGGUUUCAGUUUUGGUGGCAGCUCUCGCCCAAUUCUGUGUGGCCUUCUUUGUGGAGGAUGCCAUCCUUCAAAAUCGAGCACUCUGGCUAUUGAUCAAGAAAGAACUUGGAAUCUAUUCUAAAAGUCAAUAUAGGAUCUGGCAAAGAAAACUGGCAAAAGACCCAAGCUGGCCUCCUACAAACAGGACAGAUUAUUCAGGCGAUGGCAGAAAUGGAUUCUACAUCAACCAAGGCUAUGAAAGCUCUGAACAGAUUCCAAAAGAAAAACUUAAUUUGGGAGGCCAAACCACAGAACAGCAUUUCUGGACCAGAUUGUAAUCAGAAUUGUUAAAUAGCAUCCUCCUUUUACCAGAAUCUAAAACACUGUAGAGAGGUGAUAAUAGUCUACCCUUUUAUUUUCUUCCUCCGUCUGAAGAUUCAAAGUGCAUUUCUCAGUGCAUUGAACCUUGCAACAAAGGACUUUACAUAUGUUUACUUUGACCUCAUCCUCUAUCAUUAAGAAAAAUAAUGCAUUUUCUAAAGUAUCAUUUUUUUUCUAACAAAUUUUAUUCACAAUGCAUAGCAGUGACCUGCUUCAAAGGCACAGCUCUUUAUGGUAGUAAAAUUAAUAGUAUGAACAUCAAUAGAAGAAAGAAAAAUUAAAGGAGAGUUCAAUUUUGAAAGUUUCACGAAUGUAUUUUUAUUUUCAUCUACUGAAAUAAAUGAAUCUAUACAUUAAAAAAGCUUCUCUCAAUAACUUGUCACACAUUUACUUAAUCUUAUAUUCACUUGCAAAGAAUAUCUAUAUAUAUAUCUUUUAUCCAGGUCACAGAAUUCUUGUUUUUGGUUCUUUAUAUAGUUUUAAUAGAGAAACAAGAAUUGAAAUUUACUUCAGAAAAUUCAUCCCUGUUCUUAAAGUGUGGAAGUGGAGAAAGAUGGAGGUGUCUGAUAAUUGUUUAUACUCUUAGCUUGGGCACAGCUAAGCAAACUCUAUUGAAAUUGGCAUCUCCCAAAGUAUAUUGCUUUGGGGCUAGUGAGCUAGAGGUUCCAGAUUAGAUCACAAAAAUAAUGAAACUGUUAAAAUGUACUUUUCACUCUUAAGAAGUAUGGUACCUUUAUUUGCUUUUUCUUACUGACAAAGAAAAAUCUCAAGUUCCAGCUCUAAAAGUUGGCCUAGACUCAUCAUUGCUCAUCUGAAAAAAAGCAAUCCCAGGGAAGGAACCCAUAAUGUUUUUAUCUACAGCAUGACAAUUCUCAAAAUAUUAAACAAUCUUAAGUUCCAUUUCAUCUUUUCAUAAUCUAAAUCAAUUAUUAGGUGCACAUUAAGGACCACAAGAAAGGGUACAUCCUUUACAAAUACAUUCUGCACAUCAUUAGCUUUAACAUAUAUCAACCUCACUGUGACCUUGAGAGGUAUUUAUUCCUAGUGAACAUUUUAAAUUACCUGCUACAUUUUCCUUGUAACCAUAAAUCUAACUUUGCUAAUUAAAUGGAUCUUUAAUGAGUCAUAGGCAAUUAGCCAACCAGUCCCAUUCCAUGAGUGUCAGUUACAUGCCUAGUACUGUGAUCUGUGGAUUCAGUCAUGUCUUUACAAUUAUGAGAUCUUUAGGACUGAAAAAAUGUCUCAACAUUCUAGCAAUUCAUUGCUGUAAAUAGUACCAUACACUUUGUUACACAAGCCAGCAAUGAAAACAAGCAUUUUAUACUUAUAUUUGCUUUUUAACCUUUUCUUGGAUGCACAGCUCUUGGAGAGUGAAAAUUUUUAAAUGUGUCUAAUUUAGUGGAUACCAAUAAAGAACAAAAUAUCAAAAAUAUUUUUAGCUAAAGAUUAAGAAAUAUGUCAACCUAAAACAUAUGGCAGCUCAGGUUCCUUGAGCUGACAUUAUCUCUAUUUAGUAAUUUGACUUUUAGAAUGAGAGGAUUCAAUUGAUACUCUAGUAUAUCUAGAUAGCAUAAAAAUAUUUUUUUAAUCUUUUUUCAAUAAAUGUUUAGCUUCUUUCAGUUUCUUCAACAAUCUAUUAGGUAUCUGAUAGGUGGUAUCUUUAUGUCACACAUCUUUUUGAAGGGGGGAUGGGACAUGAUAAAUUUGGUCUCUACACUAGACUUUGAUUUAAUCUAGUCUAAUCCACUAAAAAUACACUCAGAGAAAUGUCUACUAGGCUUGGAAAAAGAUGUUCAAUAAAAGCACAAUGAACAGGGCCACAUAUAAAUGGACAGGCUGAAGCUGCCCUUCACCAAGAGUGGCCAUUUUGGGAGGAAACUGAUGACUAACUUUGUGUGCUUACCUUUAAGGCUGAGCAUUACUAGAACCCUGAACACUACUUGUGAAAAAAUGAACCCAUGAAUUUAACAGUGCAUUUGUGACAAUUACUCAGUAUUGUUAAGAUUGUCUUCUGAAGUGGGCGUGUCCAGAGUCAUCCAGAAGUUUGAUUUAAUGAUCCUCAAAAUAUCUUCUGUGUUGCCAAUUCCAUUCCCUCCGUCACAGGCAGUGUGGCAAUUCCACCACACCCAGGUCUGCUGUUCAAGGCUAAGAUCUGUCCUCUGUAGUCAUCUUUACCAAAAAGCAAGCAUAUCCUGGGGGACGUAACACAUACAGCUGCUGCCAGUUCUGCCCAGACCUGACAAUACUAGGAAAGAGCCCGUUUUUUUUCUUUAUUCAUGUUACUGUUACUUGAGAGUAGGACAUAAUAGGAAUAAGAAAUUGAAUUUAGAAUAAAAAUGAAAGGAAAAUUUUGGACCACGCUAUCACAAGACACUUACUGUUACCAGAGGAACAGGGGAGGAAGAGAGUGUUUUGGGGUUUACCUGGAAACAGAAUUGGUGCCAUAGAAAGGGAAGGGAUUAGUCAGGGAACAGGAAGAAAGACAGGGUCUCUAUGGGCCCUGAUGGAAGCACUUGACCCUUUGUUAUCAUUGUUCUUAAUCCUACAGUUAGAUUAUAAAGACUUUCUGGCCCACGAGUAAAAUCAAAUCAGUUUACUAAGUCAAAGACUUUGAGGCAGCUGUUUUGUUACCUUUAUCUACCAUAUUUUUGUUUGCCUCUCUGCACCACAAUCCCCCAUAUUUACUUAAACUUUUCCUUUAUUUAAUGCCAUGCUUUUAGCUGUGAAACAAUAAAGAUGUCACUGACUAGCAAUGUGGUUUGUAGGGUAAUGUUAUAAUAUCUGAUAUAAUCCCAGGAUAGAGAGACUGUCGUCCAUUUUUCCCCAUCUACUACCAACAAGAAUUCCACUGGAAAAGUAUUAAAAAGUAAUUUGUAAAAAAAAAA